ACGCCAUUUGCCCCCGGACAAAUAAUUUUUUUUAUUACCCAAUAUAAUUGUUAUAGACAGCAGUGGUUAAUGUUCGCCUUUUUUUUUCCAGAUCCAAGUCCGCCACCGUACUGUUUUGACCGAUAGAUGAGUAAUUGGACAAGAUGUUACCGAGGACUAAAAUCAGAAGGUUACUUGGGUUGCUGUGUAUGACAUUUGCUGCACUUCCGUUUGUCGAAACCGCUUACAAUAAAUGCCUAGUGAAUCGGACAGAGGUGAAUCCCAAGCGUUUCCUUCAUUAUGAGGGGCGUUUCCUGAAUAUAACGUUGGAAAUGUCCAACAGCAUCUCCCACAAACUAUCCACGCAUGUUUUCAAAAUAUUCCUCCAGGAAGUCCUCGGUUAUCCGAACGUCGAGAUCUAUCCCGAAGAUGACAAUCUCGACGUUGAGGAAGUUAUGGAUAGGUUAUCGGGACCACUGGUCGAAUCGAAUAUAACGGUACCACGGACAAUGAUCAACGUCGAAGUGUGGGUCUCUCCCGAAUUUGACACAAUUCCCUUAUUGGAUACGCACCACGUCCGAGACUGUGGAACGAUAGCUCCUCCCAUCAGACUAGGCUGGUUUAUACCGCUCACGAAGGACACAAUGCAAUUACCACCAAUGGAACGGGAGGUCCACUGGUCUUCCUUCAAAGACUCCAAAUACGUACAAAGCUUCGACAUCCUCAACGAAGCCGAUCGCAAUCUCAUUAGCUCAUACUCGAGAGACUCCUCGAAUUACUACUGUUCGGACCGCGUCUGCGACAAAGGCAUGUACACUCCUCCCCAGUGCACUAGCCCCACGAAAUUUAGCUACGUUCCGUGCGCCAUUCUCCUCGCACCCUAUUACAACAAUACCAAAUUUGUAAUUAAACAAAUUGACGAUCUGAAGCUGCUAGUCAAAGUAGUCUGGUUGGGUCCCAACCUAAAGCACGUGGUGACUCAGCUCAAAAACAGCAGAAAUUCCGACCAAAAAUUAGUUAUACUAAACUGGACGCCAAGCGAGAUUAUUCUACACGACCGCGAUUACAUCAUCGUGAACUUUAAACGUGCGGAGUUAAUUACUUCUUCGCUUGUCGGACGAUACGAACUGAUUAGGAUGGUCAAGUACUCCUGGAGCAAGUUGGAAAAAUACGCGAAGGUCGCCUACGAGUCUUUGCAUCGGUUGAAAUUUUCCGAACAGGAUUACGAUCUGUUGCUCGAAUUGUACAACGAACGAUCGAAGACCUCGGGAAUCUACGACAUCGCGUGCGAGUGGAUGCUCCAAAGAAAACCGUCGUGGACGCAAUGGAUUCCCGUAAGCGACCGGGAGAAGAGCUACCUUUACAUUGGCGGAAUUUUCCCGCUGACCGGCUCGUCGUAUAUGGGCAAGGGUAUUUUGCAAGGCGCGCUAAUGGCGCGAGAGGCGAUUAAUCAAAACAGCGCAAUUUUACGCGACUACACCCUCCAGUUGUUGGCGUCGGAUGGACAGUGUAAGGCCGAUAAGGUCAUGAAAGCCUUUAUCGACUACAUCGUCGACAAUUACUACAGUAAUUUAGUCGGCGUGCUCGGACCUGCGUGUUCGGACACGGUUGAACCACUUGCGGGCGUCUCGAAGCAUUACAAGACCUUGGUCAUAUCGUACAGUGCCGAGGGGGCCAGCUUUUCCGAUCGCCAGAAAUAUCCCUACUUUUUCAGAACGAUCGGCGAGAACAAGCAAUACAAGCAUGUCUAUUUGAAAAUGUUUCAAGCCUUCGAAUGGAAGAGGGUCGCCUCUCUAACCGAAGACGGCCAAAAAUAUACCGAGUACAUCACGCACAUGGAGAACUUAUUGGAAAUGGAGGGAAUCUCGUUCAUUUCGAAUACGAAAUUCCCACGGGAACGGGAUGUGGUUGUGAUGACUAGGUACCUGGAGGACCUGAAGCGCAAACGAGCGAAAAUCAUCAUCGCCGACGUUUUUGACGACGUCGCGCGAUCCGUAAUGUGCGAGGCCUACAAAUUGGAAAUGACCGCAAGGCAGGGUUACGUUUGGUUCCUACCGCUUUGGCUGAAUAUAUCUUGGUACGACACAGAUUAUUUCAACACCUUAUCCAAUGAGAAAGUGAAUUGUACAACGGAAAAUAUGAUUGAGGCGAUUAAUGGCUAUUUCUCAUUGACAUCUGCGUACUUUGCGCCCGACGAUCAAAUAAUGCAAGAAAACAAAACCGUAGGCCAAUGGAAAACGGAGUACAAGGCUAGGGCUCAAGAUUUCGCGUCCGACUUUGCCGGUUUCGCCUAUGACGCGGUUUGGACGUACGCCUUGGCUCUGGACCAACUGGUGAAGGAGGAUCCAGAGGCAAUUACUGCUCUACAUUCCCUUAGUACGACAAACAAAUUGGUUAAUUUGGUCAAGCAAACCGAUUUCUACGGAGUAUCCGGACGAAUCAAAUUCAGAGGCGGUCCGUCGAGGUUCUCGAUAAUAAACGUGAUGCAGUUCAUGAACAACAGCACCUACAUCGUCGGUAGCUUUCACCCCAACAUUUCGGACGACCUGGGUGAAACGAUCGGAGGCGAAUUGAUGUUAAAUAAAAGUCGAAUAAGAUGGCUGACACCCGACGGAAAAGUCCCAGACGACGGAACAUUACCCGCCAGCACCUGCACUUUGAAUAGUCUCGCCGAGUUUUUGAAUGUCGAAUGCGAGAUGGCCAUUAUUAUAUUAAAUUUGAUCGUCGCCUUCAUCCUGCUCGCGGUUGUGGUGUUAACGGUGUACAUUAUCAAACGGCAGUACGACAAAAAGAUGCAAUUAACUGAGAGGUACAUGAAGUCGCUCGGAAUCGACCUGCUAAACCCGUCGAACAUCGGCGGGCUGGACAAGUGGGAAAUUCCGCGGGAAUCGGUCGUGAUCAAUCGGAAACUCGGGGAAGGCGCCUUCGGUACGGUGUACGGAGGUGAGGCGAAUUUCCCAGAAUCCGGGUGGCUCGCCGUCGCGGUUAAAACGUUGAAGUUAGGCUCGACCACUGAGGAGAAAUUAGAUUUUCUAUCCGAGGCAGAGGUAAUGAAGCGGUUCGACCACAAGAAUAUCGUGCGCUUAUUGGGCGUUUGCACGAAAAAGGAGCCUGUCUACACGAUUAUGGAGUUCAUGUUGUACGGCGAUCUCAAAACGUUUCUCUUGGCUCGUCGUCACUUGGUUUACGACAAGUUAGCAGAAGAAAGCGAAGAAGUUUCCAGCAAGAAAUUGACUUCCAUGGCGCUGGAUGUCGCGAGGGGUUUAAGUUAUCUCGCCGAGCUCAAGUACGUCCACAGAGAUGUCGCCUCGAGGAACUGCCUGGUAAACUCUCAGCGGGUCGUCAAGCUGGGAGAUUUCGGAAUGACGCGACCCAUGUUUGAAAAUGACUACUAUAAGUUCAAUCGCAAGGGAAUGCUGCCCGUACGGUGGAUGGCACCCGAAAGUCUGACCUUGGGAGUGUUCACUCCCGCUUCGGACGUCUGGAGUUACGGCGUUCUUCUUUAUGAAAUAAUCACUUUUGGUAGUUUUCCGUUUCAAGGCUUAAGUAACAAUCAGGUGUUGGAGCAUGUGAAGGCUGGCAACAUCUUGAGUGUGCCUUCCGGAAUUAAAACCCAACUGGAAGGUCUGCUGAAAUCCUGCUGGAAUCAAGACAGCAAAAUUCGCCCGACCAGUUCGGAAAUCGUGGAAUUCCUCGCGAACAACCCCCGCCUGUUAACCCCGUGCUUAGACGUUCCGAUUUCGUCCGUCCAGAUGGAGGAUACGGGUCAGCUGGAGAUGCACCUUCCCGAAAAGUUCCGUAAGUGUUCGGUGUCGCUCGGCGCGAAAACUCCCCUACCGAACGGCAUCUCCUCGUCUUCGUUCGACUCGAAACUGAGCAGUUUACGGCAGAACAGCGUGCUGGAGAACAACGGCUCCAUUCAGCCGGACAAGUGUUGUCCCAGAGAGCCGCUGCUGGGCCCGCCGUCGAGAUCUGAAUCGUUUAUAGGUCUAAAUAAGUAUAUUAGUGUACAGAAUAAUCGGGAGAACUACUGCCAACAAUCGACGCCCAACGGGCACGCUAUAACAAAAUUAUAAGAUGGGAGCAAACGGCUAUUAUCGUUUGCGAUACGAGCUAGAAAAGGAAGACUGGUAACUUUUUUUGUAAAUAAUUUCGCAAUAACAAAUCACAAAACGAAGACUGCAAUUUUUUUAAAUGCUUUAGACAUAAUUUCGUUAGUAUUACGUGUAUAGUUUUUGAUGCGUUUGGCAAUUUCACCAACCAAAGGUCUUAUUUAGGUCAUUCCUAUUAUAGUAAGCAAUGCUUGCCACAUAUCAGCCGAAGCAUGUCGGUCCAAUUAAUCGAGAUACACGACUGAUUUAUUUGUUGCAUUUCCGAGACGAGUACAAAAUUUCGCUCAUCGCUGAGGUGUUCAUUUUCCUUCCUAGCACUAACUACUCAAUUGGACUGUGUGCCGUUCGAACGAGAGAAAGAUUAACGCUCGCAUUUGCUAGUUGCCGCCGGUCCGGACGAAUUGGACCAACAACCCCCUUUACUUGUGUAUUGACCACUCAAAUUUUGAUAGAUGGUUUCUGGGCAAGUUUGGAGUCAAACUUACGCACAAACGAUCUACUGACUGUGUACAGUGUUUUGUUUCAGUAUUUUUUAUUUAAAACUAGUAUUAA